UUCCUGCCCGGCUGUCCCGCUUCUCACUACUAAACGCCCUCCGCUCCGGAACUUACGUCGUGUCUGAGCCCAACACCAUGUCAGGCGGACAGGGAGAGCCGAAAGUGACGGGGAGAGACGGGGAGGAGGAGGACACAGAGGAACAGAGGAGAGGAGGGGAAGAGGACGAGGAAGAGGAGGAGGAGGAAGACAGCAAAGUGGUGGAUAACGGAGGUAUGAUGGUGGAAGAGGAGAACGGGCAGCAGGUUCCCCUGACCAAAGUUGACCACCAUGACGUCAUGAGGGAGAUGCCCUCUCGUCUGAGCUCCUCCACCACCAAGAGGAAACACUCGGUGCACAGAUCCGCCCUGACCAAACUGCUGUGUGGUCUGUAUGCGCUACUUCUCGUCGUCUUCGGCAUGGUGUUUGCCGUCUCCAAUGCGCUCACGGUGAAAGAGCGGGAACAUCUGUACUACCUGGAGGUGUUCCUGAUAUAUCUGUACCUGGGCUCCCUGGUCGUGCUGCUCUACUUCCAGAUCUGCAUCCUGCGCGGAGUGCGCGUGCGCAACAACUACUUCGAGAGCAGCAUCCGGGUGGUCAUACGGAGGAGCCAGGACAACCUCCAGCUGACGCCGUCGCCGACCCGGAAGGUGGAGCAUGAGCACAUCAUCAUUGACGGGGAGGAGACAUUUGACUCACGGAAGGAGCCGCUAGAUCAGAUGUCCACGCUAUCUAACAGGUCUCAGAUGGCUGCUCCAGCGGACGGACAAGUGGCCCACGUAGGGGAGGGAAUCAACUUUUACCUCAGACUUGGUGCACUGGUUGGUGAUCGACAAGAACAAAGCGUCUGUGAGGUUUGGCCUCAUGCAUCUUCUAGCCACGAACUUGUGUGUGUGGUUUGUUACAGCUAUCACAGAGACUGCCGAGGAUUACAAGCAACAAACGUAUCUCUCCUCUCUCAACGCAUCAUUGCAGCGGGCAUCUUGUACCGGAUGUACCAGUACGUUGGGGUCAAGGUCACCCAGCGCUGGCCCAGCCACCAGUCCUUGACCUCCAGCGUGCCACAGGGUGCCGUAGGCAUGGACUGUGAGAAGGCCAACAAGGGUCUCUUUUCUGGCCUGCUCAUCGCAGUGGUCACCCUCAUCGCCAUAGCAACCUUCUUUGUGUUUGAGAGUAGGCUCAACUACCCCGAGACAGCCAUCAAGAUUUUCUUCAUCAUGGAGAUCUCCCUGAUCGCCAUCACAGGAAGCUGCAUCGUCCUGGGCAUCCUGCGGUUCGCGCGUCUGCGGUUCCUGGAGAACUACCUGUCCCUGGAUGCCGUGCUGCUGGUGAUCUCCCUUGGCGGGGCCUACAUCUACCUGAGUUUCAUGCUCAUCUCCUCCGCCUCUAUGGUGGCGCAGCACGGCAUGAUCAGCGUGCUGUCUCUGGCCGCUAUCUGUGUGGGCAUUGUGGAGUCUACGCUGCAGGCAAUCUUCAUCCUGGACGGGCUGAGCCGGCGCGCGGAGAACGACACCCAAGUGGAGUCCAAGCCGGGCCGGGCAGUGGUCACUUUCCUGCUGGUGUGUAACCUGGCCCUGUGGGUGGUCAGCAUGUUUGAGAUCAAGAAGAACAUGGUGGUGCCCUUCCACCUGGACUUCUACGGCAUCCUGCCCUGGAACAUCAUGCUACACAUGUGCGUGCCGCUCUUCAUCUACUUCCGCUUCCACUCGGCCAUCUGCCUCUCCAAGAUCUGGUACCACGCCUACCAGAAGGAGAGGAACCCGCCUCAGUGAGUGAGGGGAGUCAUGUGACCAGUGAGGGAGUUAUGUGAUCAGUGAGGGGUCAUGUGACCAGUGAGGGGGUCAUGUGACCAGUGAGGGGGUCAUGUGACCAGUGAGGGAGUCAUGUGACCAGGACCAGGGAAAGGAUUAAUGACAUCACAUCGCAUCACCACGCCCUCCAUCCCUCCUCCUUCCUCCUAUUGGAUUUUGCGGUUUUUCUUACAAUUUGUGAGGCAUCGUAGUGAAAUCAGGCGCUGAUCAAAAUUAUGAAAUCAAAGAAAUCAGCUUUUUGGGGG